AUGUUGAAAAAAGAAAAUUCAUCAUUUAUGAUGUCACUAUUGUUCUUGUUGAUUAUUGUAAUAGCCUAUGCUAUAUUAGAUAUUUAUAUCGACAAGGGUGAGAAAACUAGUCAUUUGGCUGAAAAGAAAGAAUUACAACAUUGGGCAUGGGUCAUUUUAACAAAUCUUGUUGAUGUAGCAAUUCAACCAAACAAUCCAAUAUCAACAUAA